AUGUAAACAAACCAUCGUCAUUUAUCAUUUCAUUUAAUUUUAGAAUUUUAGACUUCGAAAAACGUUUUGUAAACUCGAUUACGAAACAUUAUCCACUCGAUAAAACACCCAACGAUGGAUUACAAUUAUUGCUAAAACCGACUCAAUAAUCCAGCAAUGGACACUCCUUCGAAUUCGAUGGCUUGUUCUUGCCAUCAAAAUGGUGGUAAAAAGAUACACAAUUAUUUCGUGCUCGAAACCAUGUUACCAGUGGAAUAUAGUUAUCUGAUUUGUACCUUCAAAGAGUCAGCCAAUCACUCGAUUACCAGUCGUUUCCAUCUAAACUGCUUUACCAAAGACGAAGCGAUCGAAUGGCUCGACAAGUGCUCUUCCAUAACCAAUAUAACUUUCACGAUUCAGAAAAAAGACAAUACUGUUUACGCCAGAUGCUGUUGUUGUACGCAAAUCGAGAACCGGUGUCGGACAGUGAUGAAAAUCAAUCUAAAUCCUAGUAAUGUAACUUCAAACGACAGCAGUUUGACCGAACAUACGAUCCUACACGAGCAUCCAACCACUGUGAUCCUUCAUUACACUCACGAUAUCGGUGCCAUAUCAGACAUGUUGAUCGAAGAGAUAGCCGUAGACGAUGAUUUUCACGAUUCUACAGAAAAUCAACCUACGACCAAACCAAAGUCAACUUUCCUCGACAAUAUCAUGCGUCAAAAACUAUCCUACCUGUUCGACAAAGGCAAAUCUCCUCAACGAACGUACCAACUGUACAAGAACGAAAUACAAUCAGUUUUCGAUCGAUACAACACCGAUAAUAGCCAACAACCUGACUUGAACUGGCUCCAAGAACAAUUCUACGUUUAUUUCGAACAUAAGUACGGUAUUCAGUUCAAGGAAGCGUUGACUCGAUGGAAAGCCCGAUCCGAAGAGCAGGCCGCCGAACAGCAAUCUGUUCUAGAUACACAAAAACUCAAAGUACUAGAUUCCAAGAUCGACGAACUUUGCAAAAAAUACAAAUCAAUUUUACCCGCCUGUGAACGCGAACCAGAAUCCUCGUCUCCUAAAGUAAUCAAUUCCAUUGGAACAUCGUCCGUCAACAAUACACCUUCGUACGUAAUCAACUUCAACUCGCAACAACCCAAAUUAGAGCAGUUGAACGCGAUUCCUGUGAAACUGAUACCGAACGAUAUCGUCGUCCAGAGUAAAGAUAGCAACCAUGUUUUGAAGAUGAUCGGUAUCAACGAAUCGAGCCCACAAAACAUCACCCUUCCAUCCAAUGUGAACGGGAUUUUCAUCUUGGCUCAUAAUGAUAUUCAACCGCAGACAUCUUUCAAACAAUCCAAUACGUAUACUUCGAUUUUGAAGAAACCGUCGAGUGAAAAAUCACCGCCUCCUGUUCCUAUUCCGAGAAAACCCAAACAGCCUAGAAAAUCUACUUUGAAAUGCGAAGAUCCCGAUGAUAUCAUGUUCACCGAUAAAAUAGAAGACCUGCAAACGCAAGUAAAUUCUAAAAAAAGGAAACUAAAGUCGUCUCACUCUACGACUAAGAAGAGAAAAGUCGCGCCGAAAAUCACUCAGCAAUUGCGAGUAACAUCGACUUCAAAAAAACGCAAACGAAAGUCGUCUCGCUUUACUAGGAUAAAGAAGAGAAGCGCUCAGCAAUUGCCAGCUAAAUCGACUUCAAAAAAAAACAAACGAAAGUCGUCUCGCUCUACGAAUAAAAGAAGAAAAGUCGCGCUGAAAAACGAACCUAUACCUACCAUUGAUAAAAAUGAAAAUGAAAAUAUCGAAUUGAAAAACACCCCUAUUGUCGAUGUCGAUGUCGAUGAUAUAGAAAAUGUCAUUUGUAGCGAUUAAAUGUGGACAGAGGGUUGGAAGGGUUGGGUAUUUUUCUACAAUGUUUUUUCACAUGAGAGACAUCGUAAAAACCAUCGAAUAUUUUUAUUUUACAGACAGAAGUGAUGUUUUUUUAUUUUUAUUUUGAGUUAUCGGUUAUCUCCAGAGGUCAGAGUUGAUAGCUCGGUACUAAUUAUAGGUCUAUAAUAUGUGUAUGUAAGCCUUAUCUACGCAUAUUACCUGUACUCAUUUCAUUUCGUUUGUUGUUUUUCGUUAUAUUUUAUAUACAAGAAGUACUAGUGUUCAUUUUUCUAUUUUUAAUGUUGAUUUCAUUAAACGUUAUUUUCAUUU